AUCUCAAUCUGAAGAUGCUUGAGCACAACUCCAUUUAACCAAGCAACAACAGUUGCAUGGACCACAAUAGGGUGGUCUAGCUAGCUAUAGCCAACUAUCAAUCCCAAGAAGGGUUGUUUUGUUUCCUUUUCACUACACAUUUUGAAUUCAAAUGUGCUACAACCUAGCUAAAAAGAGAGAGCAUUUCAAUGCGACAUCGUUUGAAUGAAAUGAGAAAAACCAAUGGGCCUAGAGAUUUGGGGCUUAACCCCAACAUUUCAAGAAAAUGAGGGAAGAGCCCAAAUUGGGUAUAACAGAAAGAAGAACAGUGGCGCCAGAGAAACAGAGACUGGGAGAAAAAUAGAGAGGUAGAAGAAAAGGGUCUGAAGCCGAUUGAUGGAGUAUCGAUGUGUGGAAUGUGGGGCUCGAAUGAUGAGGCUUUUCGUUCAAUACUCACCUGGAAAUAUUCGACUCAUGAAAUGCGAUAAUUGCAAGGCAGUUGCGGACGAGUACAUCGAGUGCGAGCCCAUAAUUAUUCUGAUUGAUUUGAUUCUGCACAAGAAGAAAGCUUAUACCCAUUUGCUAUAUAAUGUGAUUGACUCGCAAGCUCCCGCCUUUCAGGGUUUGUUGUGGAAGUCAGCUUUCGGGUUUCUUCUUUUGGAUGCUUAUAGGAGUUUAUUUCUGGAAAGGACCAGGGAAGAGUGGGGUUUGUCCAUGAGCUUUGCUUCUUUGCUUUGGAGGUUUCAAAAUAUGCUGAUGGAUGUUGUCUUUGGGAAUUUCAUGUUUUUUUCUACCUUUGUGCUUGCUACGAGGGCUCUUUUCAGCAAAUUCCCUAGAUCACUCGGGUACAAAGACCUUCUGCUGGCAAUACUUAUUUCAAGUUACUUCAAGAUGUUUCUAAUUGCAAUGAUGGUCUGGGAAUGUCCUUCUGUGAUUUUGAUCAUUGAUUUAUUUGUAUUAUCCUCCAACACUGUGGCACUCAAAGUGAUAACUCGGUCAGCUAUGAGUAGAUGUAUAGCAGCCUGCUUCAGUGCUCAUGCUGUAAAGUUUUUAGUCACACAAAGGUGCUGGACUUGGGAACUUUGAGAUCUUUUCUCACAUACUGUUUGUUAUAGGAGAGAUCUGCUAUCAUUGUUGCGUCUGAAAUCUCUUUCUUUGAGAAAGGCGGCACUUCUGAAAAUUGUUUUUGUUGUUUCCUGCAAAGGAAGAGGCAGUGACAGAUAAUUAAUAUGAGUCCUGUAAUAUAUGGUGCAGUAAACAUGUAAAAUGUUUGUCACUAAUGAAAUCAAUUUCCGAUA